AGCCAGGCGGCUACACGCGACACUGGAGUAGUUCAUACAGCAGACGCGCACCUCACAUCCCAUUCAGAGGGUUACAGCUGCAUCAAGGUUCUGACCCAAGCUGACGGGACAGAGGGUUGAGGGAAUCUCCUAGCAGAGAGCAUCAUGGGAGGAGCCGUGGUAGACGAUGAGCCUAGUGAUGUGAAGGCGCCAGACGGAGGGUGGGGCUGGGCCGUGCUGGCCGGAGGGUUUGUCAUCACUGGGUUCUCCUACGCCUUCCCCAAGGCUGUCAGUGUGUUUUUCAAGGAGUUGAUCAGGGAGUUCGGAGUGGGAUAUAGCGACUGUGCAUGGAUUUCUUCUAUACUGUUGGCCAUGCUCUACGGCACAGGUCCACUGUGCAGUGUGCUGGUGAACAAGUUUGGGUGUCGGCCAGUGAUGAUGGUGGGAGGGCUCUUUGCCUCCUUGGGAAUGAUUCUGGCCUCCUUGGCCACCAGUAUCAUACAUAUCUACCUUUGUACUGGAGUUAUAACAGGUCUGGGCCUGGCACUGAACUUCCAGCCAUCUCUGAUCAUGCUGAAUCGUUACUUUAGUGAGAAGAGGCCUCUAGCUAACGGACUAUCUGCUGCCGGGAGCCCCGUGGCCCUCUGCUGCCUCUCGCCUCUGGGACAGGUGCUGCAGUACUACUACGGUUGGAGAGGCGGCUUCCUCAUCCUGGGAGGUCUGCUGCUCAACUGCUGUGCAUGUGGGGCCUUGAUGAGGCCCCUGGUGGGCCCCAAGAAGCCCCAGGACCAGGAGUUGCAGGCUGUAGACCAAGCAGAAAAAAAGCCUAAUCCUCAGAAGAAGCUCCUGGACUUUAGCGUAUUUAAAGACCGAGGUUUUCUCAUCUAUGCCAUAGCUGCGUCCAUCAUGGUACUGGGUCUGUUUGUGCCCCCUGUGUUUGUGGUGAGCUAUGCCAAGGAGAUGGGAAAUGAAGACACCAAGUCUGCCCUCCUCCUCACCAUCCUAGGGUUUGUUGAUAUCUUCGCCCGGCCCACGUGUGGGCUGAUCGCGGGGAUGAAGUGGGUCCGUCCUAGAUGUGUGUAUCUGUUCAGCUUCGCCAUACUCUUUAAUGGCAUCACCGACGUGGUCAGCUCACAGGCGACAGACUACCCUGGUCUGGUGGUGUUCUGUAUAUUCUUUGGGCUCUCUUACGGGAUGGUAGGGGCGCUGCAGUUCGAGGUUCUCAUGGCCAUCGUGGGCACCAAGAAGUUCUCCAGCGCUUUAGGAUUGGUGUUGCUCAUGGAGGCAAUCGCUGUGCUGGUGGGACCGCCUGGAGCAGGUCGUCUGCUGGACACUACCCAUAACUACAUGCAUGUGUUCCUGCUGGCUGGCUGUGAGGUCAUUCUGGCCUCCAUUGUCAUCUGCCUGGGCAACUUCCUGUGCAUCAAGAAGAAGCCAGACGAGCCCGAAGCCCAUCUAGAGAAUGGAGCCCCCGCAGAGAUGGAGAAGCUCAACAGCCUGCCAGAGGGAGGGAAGACUGAGAGCGAGCAGUCGGACGGGUGACGGUAUUUGUUUAUGGAGACACUCCCCAGUGAGGAGAGAUUAAAGAAACUAAGGAAUUCUUCUUUACUCCUGAGUGACAGUGUCUUCCAGUGACGUGAGAUCUUGAAGUGACUUCUUUCCAAAGACAAGAAACAUCUCUGUAAGAGAAGAGUUUAAUUAUUAUAAUGAUUUUUUUAAGACCUCGAGCUGGUUUCCCAAGCCCAGAUUCAGCUUAGUCCUGGACUGAGACGCAUGCUCAAUGGAAAUUCUUAAUUGAAAGUGUUUUUUAGUUCAGYACUAGGUGUGAUCUGUGUCUGAGAAAGUAGCCACAAAAGUAUUAUUUCAACUACCCAUGUUGUGGCAGGUUGCAGGCAACAUGGGUUAUUUUAUGAUUGAUGGUGUGACAUACUAUUUUAUUAAAGGUCCAAUGCAACAGUUUUUAUCUCUAUAGCAAAUCAUUUCUGGGUAACAAUUUAAGUACUUUACUGUGA